AUGUCGGACGAGGAUGGCGUGCCGGAGGCGGAGGUUAUAACGGAGGCGGAAUGGCUCGACCUGCAUCGAGUAGAUGGUGGUGACGGCGGCGGUGACGGAGGUGGUGACGGUGGUGGUGACGGCGGUGGUGACGGUGGUGGGGGUAGUUCUAGCGCCGGCGGAGCCGCGUCCUCCACCUCUUCCUCCACUGCCAAGAGUGUGCUUGAAAGAACGUUCGGAGUGAGGUACUCGCCGGGGGAGGAGGAAGAGGAGGGAGGUGGAUGGUUCCCCAGGGUUUGUGAGGAGUGCACGAAGGCGGCGGCUGAGAGGGCGGAGUUGUCCAAGGUCGUAUUCGAGGGCAAACAAGUGAAAGUGAUCCGGCUCAAGGACGGCGAGCAAGCGCCAACGGGGGACGGUGCGGCCGCCCAGUUCUCGUCGACGGGUAGGUUGAAAAGGAACACCCGGGGAAGGGGGGCGGCGCCGUUCGAAAUCACUUGCAGCUCGGACGAUACCGUCAGCCACUUCAAGCUCCAGGUGUUCGCAUCUAUCGAGGUGGCACCCGCGCGCCAGGUUCUCUACUUGAGAGGUACGGAGCUGACGGGGGGAAGCACGCUGCAGGCUGCCAACGUCAAGGCUGGGGACACGCUGCACCUCAAGGUCACGGAACCAUCCGGAGACGUGGACGAAGACGACGGACAAAUUUUCUUGGAUGGGCUGACCAAGCCUCCAUCCGGACCAGAGACCGGUUUCCAGGGCACGGCCCUUAUGGGCGGCGGCGGCGGCGGCGGCGGCGGCAGCAGCAGCGGUACCAGGAGGCCGUCGCCUCCGGCGUUUUUGUCGGCCGUUGGCGGCGGGGGAGCUACCGUUACCGUUGACGUGGAGGCCGAGAUCGCGGCGGCGGAGGCUGCUAGUCUGGCGGUGGACGACUGGAAAGAGAACGGUGACAAUGACGGGGCGUCGGAGGGGUUCAUGGCGUGCUCCAAGUGCACGCUGCGCAACAAGCUCACGGCCGAACGGUGUCUUACCUGCAACGAGCCUCUCUUCACUUGAAGGAACGGCGGUGCAAUACUUGCAACGGGCCUCUGUUCUCUGUUCACUUGAAGAAGCAGGGGCGCUCAGUUUAGAAUCGAGUCUAGAUGCAGAUUGUUGAUACCCACCUACAUGUGUAGACGACGUACUCGUUGGUGGGUUUGAAGGCUGGGUGGGAUGGGAUGGAACGAAUGCGUGUCGACUUGUCGAUCGAUCACUGUCGUUUUGUUGUCUGUGUGAAUAUCAAAUGGUAUACCACGUUUCACUACAUUCUCGACGGUUGAGUGUAGACAAUUUGCUCGUUUCGUUCGAGCGUGCGGUGUAGGUAGGGUCGAUCCGAGCGUUGGUUAGUUUCCAAAAUUUGUCCGCGUGUGAACAUUUUGGUUGCUUUUUGCAGAUGAGAUGCGUGAAGCGAUCUAUCUGCUUCAGAGCGAGCGGGUUGUUAAAUCAGCGCAGCGUUGAAUGAUUGGUUCUGCUCCAAGCGGCGGUUGCCAGUGACGUGUUGGCGAUUCGACUGCUCGAGUAGGGCGGUAGCGGUAGAGUUGUGACGCCUCACUACCAUCGAGAGAGAUGUUAAAUCCACGUGAUUUAUCCUCGUGUACUUGCAUGUGAGCGUUCAAUCCUACAGUACGUAUAUUGACUACAAUAGUACGUAGAACGUCGCCGUAGGCAGCUCGUGUGGUGAGGCCUUAGCUCGAAGCCACGAGGAACGCAGACCUUCCAUGUUGCAUUCGAGCGUGUCCUGUUCCCCUGAGAUGGGUUUCGAAAGGUCACGACGGGUGCGUCGUGACUGUUUUCGAGUGCCUUCAGUGAAUCCGUGGGCCGCUGCUGCUUCGUCGAUGCGUAUUCGUGUAGUCAGUCGCAUUCGGCCUGAAGGAAAACCUAGCAAUGUGCAAUGUUCAAUUGUUGCCUCCCUGUGAACGUAUCGGCUCCGGCAUAACGGUGGAUGUGGUGUGCCUCUGCUCAUUUCUCCCAUUGCUCUCCUGGUAUCAUUUUGUUCAUUCCGUGUGUGUUUGUGGGGAUUCCAGCCAAGAGUAUUGGGCUCUGUAAUUUUGCACGGAUUUUUAUUUGUCAAUCGCGCACAUAGAGUAAACUACGUUAUUUACCCGGUGAACGAGUGUUUUUUGUUUUGUUUUACUGCUGUUGAGUUAGUGGGGAAGAAGCCCCCCCUACUGUGCUCGAGUAAGUUGUUUCGUUCGGUGGUUGUGCAUGCUGUUCACCGCAGGCGGGAGUUGCGUGGAAGACGUUUUGGCUGCGCUGGACGGGAACCUCUUUGUAUUUCGCCGGUGUGAUGCCGCCCGCCUGCACUUUGGGACUGAACGUUAAUGCUGCUUGAGAGAACAGUAUCAAGUGCGUUUUUGUAAUAAAUAGUGGCACAAUGUAUAAUAGAGGUACUUGACUGACUGGUGUUGGAGACUUCUCCAAGGAGACUUGCUUGUUUUUCUGUGUUCAGAGAGAGAGAGAGCGAGCGAGCGAGCGAGCGAGAGAGAGCUCGAAGCACCGACCCACUCCUCAUUUUUGUUUUCCUUACUGUCGAUAGUGGAUGAUGGACGAUGGCUGAAUGUACCGGUGUCAAGUGACCAUGUCGUGUCGAUGGGGCCCUCGCGGCAUGCAGCACUGGAGUGAGAUAAGCGCAUGGCAGAUCGUUCUCACAUUCGGCUCAUCAGCCAUAGGUGAGUGUCCCAAAAAUUGAUUCUCGGCCGAAGAGAUACAUACGUACUUCAUGCUGUCUACGUACGUACGCCAUGUUCAACGUUUCGGGCCGUGCAUUGCGUGCUUGGAGCGAGACAAGACGGACGGAAGGGGCUCCGGAGAAGGCCCUAAUCCGCCUAGAAGAUAAGAGUAGCGGUACGUGGUGCCUUAACGGGGCUGCCUUUCUGUUGUGUAGGAAGCGAUUGGAGUCGUCGACGGACGAGCCGAGGCGAUUGAGUUCACACCUACCCAAUCCGCUUUCCGCUGUCUGUUGCCUGCCCUCCUCAACUGCUGUGUGUCGUGUCAAUGCCGGGGUUGCUUCGUGUGUGGGCGGUGGGGCAAGAAGGGGAGCACGACUAUCAUGUGCCCGACUGCUGUUCCGGAAGUGUUAUUUUUUUGUUUGGCUGUAGAUACCCGUGCCGGGUGAUGGAUGGUGGAUCAUGGCUUGGUGUGGUGUCGUGUCUUCCGCGGUAGUUUGUGGGGUGAGUGCGCUAUUGUUGACAACGAAUGCAAGAACGAGGUUGUUCAGCCAUCACCUAUUAGGUU